AAUAGAGAAAAGAAGCUAUUUUUGAUAUGAUAGUAAUCUUUCCGACAAAAAGAUGGCGGCAUUUUCAAAUGAACCAAUCACAAUAUACCACGAAAACUGUUGGUAAAACUUUGGAUAAGGGUAUAUUGUGAAAUUUAUUUAUAAAGUGAAGGCGUUAUUUAAGCGGUAGAGUCUAGACGUUAUUUUUAUUACUUGAAAGAAGUAAAAGACUGAGUUCUAGGGACAAGAUUGUGAACUAGAAACAUAUUUAAGCUCAAAAAUGCUACUUAUACUUUUUUUAUCGUAUCUCUCACAAAUUUGCCUGGCACUGUAUCCAAGUAGUGGAAAUGUAGUGGAAUUAACACCAAGUAAUUUUGAUAAACUGGUUAUUAGAGGAGAUGAAGUGUGGGUUGUUGAGUUUUUUGCUCCUUGGUGUGGACAUUGUAAAAAUUUGGUACCGGAAUAUACUAAAGCAGCUAAUGCACUUAAAGGUAUUAUUAAAGUAGGGGCAGUCGAUACAGAUGAGCAUAAAGAGUUGGGUGGACAAUAUGGAGUUCGUGGGUUUCCUACAAUAAAAAUUUUUGGUUCAGACAAACGUAAACCAGAAGAUUAUAAUGGAGGUAGAACUGCAAAAGAUAUAGUAGAAGCAGCCCUAAAAGCUGCCAAAGCAAAGGUAAAAGCAAAACUUGGUCUAGGGGGUGGAUCUUCACAAUCAGAUGAUGAUGAGGGCAAGGAUGUUAUAGAAUUAACUGAUAGUAACUUUGAAGAAUUAGUUAUAAAAUCUGAUGAUAUGUGGCUAGUUGAAUUCUUUGCUCCAUGGUGUGGACAUUGUAAAAAUUUAGCUCCUCACUGGUCCAAAGCUGCUUCAGAACUUAAAGGCAAAGUGAAACUUGGAGCUUUGGAUGCCACUGUACAUCAAGUUAAAUCAUCACAAUAUGGAGUACACGGUUAUCCAACGAUCAAAUUCUUUGCACCUGGUGCUAAGGAUUCGCCCACAGAUUAUGAUGGUGGUCGUACAUCAAAUGAUAUUGUGAAUUGGGCUUUAGAUAAGUUAUCAGAAAAUAUUCCAGCUCCAGUAGUAAGUCAAAUUGUAGAUGAAAAAUCGUUCAAGGAGUCUUGUGAAGACAAACCUCUUUGUGUAAUAGUUAUUCUUCCUCAUAUUUUGGAUUGUCAAUCAGAAUGCAGAAAUAACUAUAUCAAUUUACUAACUAGCAUUGGAGAAAAAUUCAAGAAGAAAAUGUGGGGGUGGGUGUGGUCUGAAGCUGGUGCCCAGUUGGAUUUGGAAAACGCUUUGGACAUUGGUGGAUUUGGAUAUCCUGCUAUGGCUGUUAUUAAUUUAAAAAAAAUGAAAUAUUCUAUUCUUCGUGGAUCAUUUUCUAAUGAUGGUAUAUAUGAAUUUUUAAGGGAUUUAUCAUAUGGUAAAGGAAACACUGCUCCUGUGAAAGGAGAAUCACUACCAAAAAUCAACAAUAUCGAACCAUGGAAUGGUAAAGAUGGUGUGCUUCCAGAAGAAGAAGAUAUUGAUCUCUCUGAUGUAGAGUUUGAGGAAAAAGAUGAAUUAUAAACUUUAGAUAUUUAAUAUUUAUUUUACCUUACUUCUAGUAUCAUUACCAUUGUUAGAUUAAUCCUUUCACUCACGCUUUUUGGUUUUUCGAGAUAAAAAUCUGAACUUAAGUGGACUUAUUCUCAUGAUUUUUUAAAAUUUAUGGCGUACUCAAAAAAAUUUCACAUCGGCCCUUUUAAGGGCUGUGAUUUGUACAAUAUAUUGCACUUUGUGAAUAAGUAGUAAUGUUUUACUAAAUAAAAUGCAAUUAAAAAAACGAAAUUCAUGCAACUAAUUAUUUAUUUGCAUGAUAUAACAUAAAACAAUUUUGUUUUUUGAAAUACAUGAAUGUAUGUUGCACUUAUUAUAGAUGAAAUUGGUCCUAGAAGCACAUUUAGGGAAUUUACACCUCGAAGAGAAGGAUUUUUCAUCUAUAAUUGGUAAAUGACCACAUACAUCUAGCCUUAUUUCUGCUGCUGGUCUAGUUUCUGUUUUUUUGUUUCUUCUGUUGCGGAGAUAAUGUCGAUUCUCCUUAAUUCGAAGGACGUCCCCAUUUUCUAGAGGAUACUUUGUUGAUUUUAUCAAAACUUCAGCGACGUAUGCACUAAAAUUAACCAAAUCCGAUAUUUUCUUUUUUGGAAUAACUAAAGUAAGCCAGGCAUUAGAACAUGCAAUAUCAAUGCUAUGUGUAAACAUACGAAGUGUCCACUUCCUGGAAAGUAUAAAGGUUCUGUAAAAAGUAACCAAAAAGUCGCAUUUAUCAACGCCGCCCAUACUUUGGUUAUAUUUUUUUCAGGUCGUUUAACACUAGGAUAUUGAUUAUUAUAUUUGUUCAAUCUUAUAUAUUCAUCUUCUUUUCCUAUGCCCAUGAAGUUAGAAGCCAUGACAACGCUUUUAUUGUCAAACCAUUGAGUGAGAAUAACUUCCCCAUCACCACUGACAUAUUGUUCAACGAAUCCACGACCUUUCUUUGGCACCUCCUUUUGAGGCAACAAAUGUGGUUUGUUAAACCUAUCUACUCUUGCAGUGCAAGUUGUAAAUAUAUUUUUAUGCAAUUGUAAUAAAUUAUAAUUGGAAAAGUAGUGGUCGAAAAAAAGUUGAACAUUUGAUACUGCAAUUCUUUCAGAUAAUUUCAGUACUACAGAUGUUGCUGAUCCAAAAACUUUUAAGUGGAGCUAUACGAGGCAAAAAUUUUAAUACCCCAAGGUUUUGGUUUUUUUGCUACAUACUGCUUGACAUUAGACGUCCUUUGAAGGGUACUAUUUGUUCAUCUACAUAUAAUUCUGUUUCAAUCGGUAGAGACAAACAUUUUAACCUAAUAAUAUCAUAUAAAGGUCGUAUCUUCCAAAAUCGAUCCUGAUCAGUUUCCCAACAUUUAUUCUUUGGGCAUUCACAAAAUGUAAAUGCGUUCUUAGCGAAUAAAAACGAUUUAUUGGCAUACUUUCAGAAAUUUGUGGCACUUGCAAUUUUGGGAUUCAAUAAAAUUUUAUAUUUGGAUAAUGUAAAUUCCAACAAAUGUUUUCAGUUCGUCUACAUUUGUUGGAGCAAAUUUUGUCAUAUUCUGAACUGCAACGAAGUUAGUGUUUUCGGUCAUUAGUUUAAAUAAAGCAUCUGUGAAAUAUUGUUUAAAAUAAAAAUAUGAACUUUCAAGCUCUACUAUAUCAUCUUGUUGUUGAUUAUGCCAAUUGAUGAAUUGUGGUGUCUCAUAACGCUCAAUUUUACGCCAAGUUAUGGUUCUCCAUUAGCAGAACUUAUAUCUUCCUCGAUGUUUGUACCGCUUUCCUCUCCCUUGCUAAUAUCUUCUUCCUCCCUAUCCCCCCAAACAUAAUCGUCAUUAACUAACUAAAUAACAAAAAUGUAAUAAAAACUGUAAAUAACUUAAGGUUUUGUAAUAUACCUGUCGACCUCCCUAUAUUCACACUGUACAAUAUAUUGUAUACUACGUUUUACUGAAAUAUAGACAUAUUUCAGACAUUUCUAACCUUUUUCUACAUUAUUACAUUCCAUCUUACUUCUAUACUCGUAAGUAACCUUUAGAAGUAACGAGUUCCUUGAAUUAAAAAUGGUUUUUAGUUAACCUAAUAAAUGUUAGAUGUGUAUAGUAUAGUGUAGAAUGUGUACAGUAUACUGUACGUUAUGAGUAGAGAGGUUGCCAGCCUCCUCUCUCAUCAUUUCUAUAUUUCUAUAUACUAUGUACAAUAUAUUGUACACAAUGAGCGAAAGGGUUAAAAUGAAAUCUUUCUGGUAACCUGUCUUAUUCAAAAGUGGUUAAUUUAAAAACUCAAUGGAAUUUGUUUCAAUUUUCUAAUGAAAAAAAUCAGAUAAUUUUAUCGUUUGUAUCCUAUAUCAUUUUGAUUUUAUUUUGAUUAAACAAAAGUGUAAUUUUGACUUUUGUACUUUGGAUAUAUUUUUGUCAUGGGGUGUUUUGAAUUACUUUAUUGUCUCCAUAGAUAAUUUCAUACAAAGAAGUAUGUAACAGGUACCCGUGAAAAAUAAAUUUUCAUUUACAUUUUUAAUCACUUAUUGAGAAUGAAAUUUUUUAGUAACUAAAAAAACAGUAUUAGUCUUAUGCAAAUUUAAGAGACCAGAUGGAUCAAGAAGAUAUUACAUUUUUCUUUUGAUCACUAAUCAAAAAAAAUAUAUAUGUGAAAGGAAGUUAAAACCAUCGCGGGUCAUAUAAUAGCUAUUUAAAACUGUAAAACCUCUGAUGCUGCGAAAACUCGGGGUAAGCAAAUGUAAUCGAGCAUCUAUAAAAUACUGUUAUUUUUUGAAGUAGAUCGUAACAAUAUAUUAAAAAUUAAUAUAUCAUACUAAUAUCAUUAAUUUUUGAAAAAUUAAGAAGAUACUUUAAAUUUAAUUGUAGAUUUUGUACAAUUUUUUUCAUUUCCUAGUAACGUGUAUCCACUCAAGUCAUAAAGUAAUUAAAUAUAUUUUUUAAAUAAAA